AUCCGCGCGGGGGUGCCAUGCCAUGGGAUUAGUGGUGGUUGGGCCGACGGCAAUGCAUGCUGCCCGUCCAUGUCGUGCCGCCCCGGCGUCCCAUUCGCCUCGACGUAAAGGCCACGGCUGAGUCCCCACCAACAGCGACACCGAUCGCCGACGACCCACCACCCACCCCGUGCCCGUGCCCGUGCCCAUGCGCGUGCGCGCUCGCGUGAACCAUGCCUAAAAGCCCGUCGAUCCCAUCCACCCACAUGGUCGCCGCGGCGGAUGCAUACGCUGGCCAUGGCCGCGCGCCGCCUGCUCAGCGUCCACCCUUCUCACCCGCCGACGCCGCCGCCGCAUCCGACGGCCCAGCAGGGGGCGUCCUUCCCCAUGCUGCUCCCGGUCUUCCUCCUCUUCGUCCUCCUCCUCUGCUUCCUCUCCGUCUUCCUCCUCCGCGACCUCCUCCGCUUCUUCUCCCUCUGGCUCCGGCGCCGCCGCCGCCGCUUGCAAGCGGACGCCGCCACGUACGAAGAAGACGCGCCGGUGUCGGCGCCGCGCAAGCCGGCGGGCCUGGACCCCUCCGUCAUCGCGUCGUUCCCCACGGUGAGGUUCGAGGCCAGCUCAGCCGCCGCGCCGGCUGAGUGCGCGGUCUGCCUGUCCGAGUUCGCCGCGGGCGACGCCGUCCGGCUUCUCACCGCCGUCUGCCGCCACGCCUUCCACGAGGCUUGCAUCGACUCGUGGCUCCGCGCGCACACCACGUGCCCGGUCUGCCGCUCCGACCUCGACACGCCAACCAAACACGAGGAGAUCACCCUCCCCGAAGUACGCGGCAACGACACUGGCCGAGCUGCUGCGGCGGCGGCGGCGGUCGACGAGACCACUGGCUACCGGACGACGUCACCUCCGGCGAGUGACCACCGGUAACCUACGGCCGCCGGCCAUGCAAAUGCAAGCAUCGAGCGGCAGGCCGGCGUGCUGCGUUCUCCAAUUUUUUGCUGAAUGUACUUUGUAUAUACUGAACAAAUUGUGUCAUACAUUCCAUAGAAUAUUUUCAAAUAAAUGCAGUGGUAGACGUUUUCACU